CAUAGUCACGGCUGUUGGCCUCUCACAAAGGGCCCUGAGUAGAGACCAUACGCACAUCCGCUCUCUCCUGCAAGCUUCCGCAGCGACAUUUCCCACCAACCUGGAAGCCAAACGAGGGUAACCACAGGGAGCUGGACCAAGAAAUAAUUGGCAUCAAGACCUCUGUAGCCAUGGCUAGUUCUGAAGUGAAACCAAAAUCAGUAAGUCGGGCCAAAAAAUGGUCAGAAGAGAUAGAAAAUCUGUACCGAUUUCAACAAGCAGGCUAUCGGGAUGAAAUUGAAUAUAAGCAAGUGAAACAAGUUUCUAUGGUAGAUCGAUGGCCAGAAACUGGAUACGUGAAGAAACUUCAGCGAAGGGACAAUACCUUCUAUUACUACAACAAACAGAGGGAGUGUGAUGACAAGGAAGUGCACAAAGUGAAAAUCUACGCGUACUAGACUUUCAUCCCUGUGUCUCACCACCUCUCUCACUCACACACUGCUUUCUUCUCCAUCAUGUCACUGGCAAUUGGUGAAAGAAUUGGACAUGCAGACUUCAAUCAGAAUCUUUGGAAAUGCAAAAGCCACAAAACUUGGUCUCUGUUAAUCAUCCUGUUCAGUUCUAAAUACAGCUGCAUUAAAGUUGCAA